UUUUACGAAAUUUUGUAAAUUUGGUUGUUUAUUAACUUGAAUCUAAGUUUGUUCCACAUCUAGUAGAGGUGAAGGUUUAAUAAAUGUGUACUUUGUUCUUCAUCAAAUAAUUUUUAUAAGGUAAAUAAAUAAAAUAAUGAGCUCCAUGGAGGAAAUUGAAGAAGAAGCGAAGGCGAUGGCAGAAAAGAUGGUUAUGAAUAUGAUGCAGCGCCCCGGCCAACUUGAAAAGGUGGAACAAUACAAAAGGAGAAUAACUCAUAAGAAAGCAUCUAUCGAGGCGCAACUGAAGUCAGCGGUGCAAGGCAAGCUGGACGGGGUCAGCGUCGGGCUGAAGCAGCUGCAGGAGUGCCUUGAUGAUGUCAAGGAAAUCAGUGACAAGAUGGAUGAGCUGAAAGAGUGUCUGCGUGGAGUGCCCCCGCUAGUGGCGUCCCUGCAGGCGGUGCGGGAGGAAGACUCGCGACACUCGCAGUACGUCACCGCCAUGGACAGCCUCAAGCACAUCUUCACCGUGCCGGAGAGUGUGGCCAAGGCCAAGCAGUGGAUCUGCGAGGGGAAGCUGCUGCAUGCUCAUCAGUGCCUCUCUGACUUGGAGAACUCUCGUGAUGACUUGCUGUACGAGCUGCACCGUCUACCCAACCAGUCCUCUCAUGACAAGAUCAUGCUGAAGGCAUACUUUGAGGAUGUGGAGAUGGUCUCCAACUUGCUGGAGAAGCAGAUCAAGCUGAUCCUCAUGAGGACCUUGAACACAGUUCGUAAGGAGCCCACAGUCAUUGUCACAGCCUUGAGGAUCAUUGAGAGAGAAGAAAAGAGAGACCAAAUGGCGUUACAGCAACAGAACCAGUCGGGCUUCCUGCCGCCGGGGCGGCCGAAGGGCUGGCGCGCGAAGGCGUUCGACACGCUGGUGUGUGCCGUGGCGCAGCGCAUCGAGGGCACCCGCGUCGACGAGAGAGAGGACAAUAAGCUGUGGCUUGUCAGGUACCUGGAGCUGACCCGUCAGCUGAUCGUGGAGGACCUGCGCGUGGUGAAGACGCUGUGCGCGCCGUGCUUCCCGCCGCACUACCACAUCGUGGACAAGUACGUCGACAUGUACCACACCUCGCUGUCCGCCAGUCUACAAGACGUGGUGCUAAGCGGGCUAGAAGGCAACGAGUACGUGACCCUGCUCUCGUGGGUCCUCAAUACGUACCCGGGGCCCGAGCUGAUGCGCUCGCCCGAGCUCAACAUCGACGUGGCGACUCUGCCGCCGCUUCUGUCCGAGGAGGUCAUGAACAAGAUUGAGGAGGAGUAUUUGCAGAAAAUGGCUUCCAACUACGUGUCCUGGAUGGACAAGACCCUCGAGUCGGAGCGCGCGGAGUGGGGCUCGGACCGCGCGCCCGAGCGAGAGCCGCACACCGGCGCCUUCCACACGCACGCGCCGCUCAUCAUCUUCCAGAUGAUCGACCAGAACCUGCAGGUGACAGAAACGAUAAGCAAAGAAAUAACAUUCAAAGCGCUAAUACUGAGCAUAGAGCAAGUGACGCGUUAUGGCAAGAUGUACCGGCAGGGCGUCAUACAGUUCAAGAACUCCCACUUCGCGGACCGCUCCCGGGUCGCCUACUUCACUCACCACAUGAUCACGAUCGUGAACAACAGCUCGCUGAUGGUGCGGCUCGCGCAGCAGACGCAGGCGCGCCGCUGGCCUCCGGGCACGCAGGACAAGCAGGCCGAGGACAAGUUCAUACAGAUGAUUAACACUUACCAGGACCUCCGUGACGAAGCAGCGAGGUUUCUGCUCGAGGAAGCGUUCCUGGAUCUAGAGGUACACUUCGACGACCUGUUCUCGUCCAAAUGGCUGGCCUCCACCAUCCCCAUAGACACCAUUUGUGUCACACUAGAAGACUAUUUCCAGGACUACAAUCAUUUGCGGGACAAGAACUUCGAAUACGUGAUAAACGAAGCGCAGAAUUUGGUUUACAAGAAGUAUGUGACUGCGAUGUUGUCCAAGAAGUAUACAUUCAAGACGGUGGAGGAAGCGACGCAAGCGGCUAAUAAGAUAGUGAAGGAAGGCAAUCAGAUUAAGUCAUUCUUCAAGCGGAUUGCGCCUGAAGCUGUGGACACUGAUCGCCCGUUUGAGAUUCUUAGCAUUUUGGCUGAGGUGCUCCGCUGCACCGACACAGAAAUGCUCUCUCUGGACCUGCACGGCAUCGUGGACAAGUGCCCCGACAUCACGGAGGACCACCUGGUCCGCCUCGUGUGGCUGCGAGGAGACGUGCCCCGCGCACAGCUGAAGGAGACCGUGUCCCAUGUGAUGACCACUAGAAGGGCGCCUAAGACGCUGCAUAGCGACUUUUUUAAGAGUAUUGUUUUUGCCGAUUCGAUCACGGCUAAGUUGACAAAUUUUGCGUUGUAGGAGAGUGGAAUUGGUAUAGGGAGUAGUGAUAGGUACAGCUCAAGGAAACAGUGUCCCAUGUGAUGACCACUAGAAGGGCGCCGAAGACGCUGCAUAGCGACUUCUUUAAGAGUAUCGUGUUUGCCGAUUCGAUCACGGCUAAGUUGACAAAUUUUGCGUUGUAGGAGAGUGUAAUUAGUUAACUUUUAGGAUACGUUCAGGUUAACAUGAGAUGAGAACGCUGCUAUAAUAUGCGUUUUUAUGUAUUGUUUGCCGAUUCGCUUACGGCUAAGAUGAACGAAUUUUGCACGGUAGGAGAGUUACGGAGUUAUGUACUCCGUAACUCGAAUAACUCGAAAGCGAAUCAGCAAAGAAUACAUUAAAAAACGCAUAUUAUAGCAGCGUUUUCAUCUCGUGUUAACCUGAACAUAUCUUAUUAGUAUAUGUAAUUAUCUGCGAUUGUGACACCGGGUUGGUCAGUGGUCGUGGCGGAUGUUCCAAUGCAAGUUUGCAACCGCCUGGGUUUGUAGAUCACGUUACUGAGACACUGGGUAAUGUUACAAGGAGCAAUCAAUGUUAAUGUUUUUUAGACGAAGGGUGGCCUUACUAAGAUUCUAUAAGAUAUAAUGAGAAUAUUGUUUAAUUUUAACGUAAUAGUAUUAGUUAAGUACUUAUUUAUUAAACUGUUACUUUGCGAAAUAUUUGUAUUUUUUAUGCAAAGUAUGUUAUAAAAAAUCUGCUUUUGUCAAUGUCCCUUCAUUAGGUACUUAUAUAUUAUAUUAUAUUUAACGUUAAGAGUAUCUGUAUAAAUUGAUAUUGUUAUGUAAUAGUUAUUGUUUUUAUAAAUUAUUUAUAACAAUCCCA